AUCCCGGCGGGAGUAGGGGUGGGAUGGCGGCGGCGGCGGCCGGAGCGGGCGAGGGGGCUGGAGCCGAGCUGCCGGGCGCCUGCCCCGGCGCGGACAGCGGGAAUGUGUCCCAGAGCCACAGCAGCGCCUCCGGCCUCGGGGAGCCGGAGGACGAGGACACCUCGGAGGCGUCGCUGAGCGCCACCGCCGCCGCCUACUCCGCGUACCUGCUCGCCGACCGCAGCCUCUUCAGCGAGCAGAUAGAAAGCUUAGACAAGAGUCUAGAAGACUUACUGACCAGAGUGGAUGAAUUCGUGGGAAUGCUGGACAUGAUUCGAAGUGAUUCCUCUCAAGUUGUCAAUGAAAGUAUACCUCAAAUUUACACAAAAGCAGUAGAAAUGAGGCAGAUAUAUAGGAAGAUUGACAAACUAGAGGCUUUUGUGAAAAUGAUUGGAAAUAGCGUAGCUGGACUGGAAGAACGGGUCAUAAAGGCAGAAACAGACCUUGGAGCUUUUCCAAGCACAUUCAAGAAAAUCUUGCACACAAUCAGCAUGCCAUCCUUCCUUAAUAAAUCAUCUUCCUCGCGACAACAACAGAUGCUCUAUGAACCUCCAGUCCUCUUCAAGACUGAAGACUAUUUUCCAUGUCUUAAUGAAGCACCUUAUUGAUGAUUUUUUCUUUGGGAUUGAUAUGAAUCAGCCAGAAUAGAGACAGCCAAGUGAACAAAAGAAAUGCUAACCUCAAAACAGCUGCAUUUCUGGGCACUAUUGAUGACAUAUUGCCAUUCUGGUUCUCAUUGUCUUCCUUCAGGCAGUAUUUUCAGGUAAUCUUUGUUUGUGUUCAUUAUUUCAAAAAUCUUCCUAAAACACCAUAUAAAUUUUCAGAUUAUUUUGGGGAGAGAAUUUAAGAAUACUUUGCCAUUAAUUUUUUUUUUAAUAGGAAAAUAAUAGGAAACAUACUUUUAUAUAUAAAUUCUUUAACACGUAAAUGUUUGUGCUGCUGCAAGUGUAAAUAGCUAUACCACAAGGAUGGUUGUUAUUUUGGGUUUUUUUCUUAAUGUAAUGAUGGAGGUGAAAGAAAAACUAUGCAUAAAACCAUCUACUCCAAGGUUUGAAGCCUGGUCCCUGCAGUUUGUACAGAGAAAUGCACCACAUUUGGGGUAUACUAGUUGCAAGGGAGGAAGAGGAAGCUCAUCAAGGACAUGACUGGAUCAUAGAAUCAUAGAAUCAGCUGGAUUGGAAAGGACCUCCAAGAUCAUUAAGUCCAACUCUUGAUCCACAUAAUCUAGUCCCAGUUCACAAAGCGAACAUCCUGCUCCCACUGACGAUCCUCAGAUCACAGUGACCAAGCCUCUAAUUAGUGCAUCAUUGUAUUGUUUAAUGUGUAGCCAGGUGGACAUGAGAUAGAUACAUCUAUGUCUAUAGAUACAUAUAAAACAAACAUGCUGAAAACUUGAGGCAGGGAUGUGCCUGACUGAGCCUUAGUCAGGCACCUCACCGGGGUGUUUUCUUUUCCCUCACAACUCUCCAUGUGGUUACUGGGACUUGCUGAUUGCAAUUUAUAUUGUCAAUAAACUAAUAGCUAUCUAAA